CACUUGUUUAGAAAUUAUACAUACAUUCUAUCGUUACGUGGGUCUUGCAAUGUAAUGACCGUGUUCCGUGGCUUUUUUCGAGUUGAAAUACAAAAGUCAAUGAUGCUGCCAUUGUGGUUUAUCUGCUCUGCUUUUGCUGUAUCGUGACAAUUAAGAGGUGAGGCACUAUAAAUUGAUUUGUGAUGUCAUCAUUCAUCUGAAGGAUGGCAGAACGUCCCAAGCCUGCACAAGAUGAAGAGCGCCUGAGGGACUCAAAGACACGUUUCCAUAGCUACCUCCAUGGUGGGACCUCAAGCUUGCUGUCCACCCUUAUUGUUUUCCCCGUGUACAAGACUGUUUUCCGCCAGCAAAUCCACAACAUCCAGGUUCACCGGGCUGUAAAGCAGCUCCACAAAGAAGGCUUUGUCAAGCUCUACAGGGGGGUGACCCCACCAUUACUGAUGAGGACACUCAGUGGUACGCUACUCUUUGGACUGCAGGAUACCUUCCUCCGCCUGCUCUCCUUGCCCUCCCUCAGUGUCAUUCCUUCCUCUCUACAACCUGCUGUGGCGGGGCUCGGCGUAGGAACAGUGGAGGCGCUGGUCUUUACACCUUUUGAACGCGUUCAGAACGUCUUGCAGAGUGGCCACAACGACCGCCGCCUCCCGACGUUAAAGAGUGUUCUUGUUAAGCUGAAGGCGCAAAAGCUGACUUCAGGCUACUACCGGGCCUUCCUGCCCAUCACGGUUCGCAACGCCCUCGGCAGCUCCCUUUACUUUGGUUUGAAGGGGCCCUUGAGUAAUGCUGUAGCAGGGCAGGGGCUUUCGCCAUUAGCAUCCUCUUUCAUUUCUGGAACUGUUGCUUCCAUGGCAAUCAGCCUGAGCCUGUACCCGCUGUCUGUGCUGAUAGCCAACAUGCAGGUGGAAGUGCAGACAGAGGUGAAAGGGGUAACAGCCUGCUGGAGGAUCCUGUGGAACUCCAGGCAGAGAAGUGUCCUAUUACUAUAUCGAGGUGGUGCCCUAGUUAUUCUGAGAUCGUGUAUCACCUGGGGAAUCACCACGGCCAUUUAUGACAGGCAGCAAAAACGCUCAGGCUGAGCAUGUGUAGCAAACAGAAAGUCAGGAUAUCCUACAAUGCAGCUUCUGGAUUUAUCCAAGCUAAAAGCAUUGCCCAAAGUUAAACUAAUAAAGUGGUUUCACUCAUUCUUUGACAGAAUAUCCAAUACAAAAUAUUUGACAAAUAGCUAAUAGAAUGUCUUUUCUAUAAACCAAGACCUAUACAGACUUAAUUCAAUCUCCAAACCUUGGAAUACAAAUGUUAACCUGUUCAAUUCUUUGUAUACAAGUUGUUCUUCUCAAGGAGGCCAACAUAAAAACAUUCAACUUCAAGAAUGUCCACUUCAA